CCCGAGCCCGGCGCCGGCGGCAGCGGCAGCCGCGGCGGGCCGGGGCUCCCGGCCCAUGCGGGCAGGAUGCUGGAGAGCGGCUGCAAGGCGGUGAAGGAGGGCAUGCUGGAGAAGAGGAGCGACGGGCUCCUGCAGCUCUGGAAGAAGAAGCGCUGCAUCCUCACCGAGGAGGGGCUGCUCCUCAUCCCGCCCAAGCAGCAGCCGCCGCCGCAGCAGCAGCAGCAGCAGCAGGCGGUGCCGGCGCCCCCGGCCGAGCCGGCGGCCAAGAUCAAGGAGCUGCACUUCUCCAACAUGAAGACGGUGGACUGCGUGGAGCGCAAGGGCAAGUACGUGUACUUCACGGUGGUGAUGGCCGAGGGCAAGGAGAUCGACUUUCGGUGCGCGCAGGAGCAGGGCUGGAACGCGGCCAUCACGCUGCAGAUGGUGCAGUACAAGAACCGCCAGGCCGUGCUCGCCGUCCGCUCCACCCGCCACAAGCAGCAGCAGCUCCUGGCGCCGCCGCCCGCGCCGCGCCGCCGCAGCGCCUCCAGCUCCGCCUAGACCCCGCGGGCGAGCGCCGGCCCGGCCCCGCCGCCGC